CCCGCAUAACGAGUAAAUUACCAGCAGUGUGGCAUCCGUGAGACAUCGUCAGUUGACUGUGAAUUAUUUGGGAGCUCGCCCACGUGUCUCAUAGAGUUCUCUUCCAUUGUAUCCGCUGGUUAAUCUGCACGGUACCUUCUCUGAAGUAUAGUCGCCUGGUACUGCCGGUUGAGUUUAUCCGAAACGUUUAUCCGAUUAUAUCCGGGUUAUCUCGGUCGGUUAAUCCAUAAUGACUUACAAUCUACUAACGAUUUUGCUUUGUGUGGGUUUUGUACAGUGUUACAAUUAUAAUCAGAAUAGCUACUACUUCGAAAAUCACAAAUAUUGUGAUGACCUGUCACCGUACUAUGGCGAUAUUAAUUUGGAUCAGAUAUCCGGCGUAUGGUACGGUGUUGAAAAAAUUCCGCAUUCGAAAGGGGAAUACAAAAUAGAACAUACAAAAGAAUGUUUCUAUAUUGAUAUCAAGGAACUUUAUAUCCAGCCUACGCCUCCAACUCCGUAUCCGACGUUGACAAAUAUGCCGUACGUUAAUCACCAGUACGGGCUGCAAGAGCAGUACCGCAUCAGACACUUUGUCCUCGAAUGGCACGAGGGACUUUGGCAAGACGACUAUCAUAUCAAGGUUAAUACAUCGCACAAAGGGUUCUGGCCAACAGACGUGCCAACCGGAACUGUCGAUAAAAUGUAUCGCUUCUUCGGCGGUGUCAUCCAAGUAUUAAAAGUGGCGAAUAACCAUCUAGUACUGAAUUUCUGCAUGAGGCUGCCUCAUUCCCAGUUGUACAGUGUGGUACUCUCCAGGAAUGAGAAUCAGCUCACCCCUGAGGACCUGGCCAGCAUCCACAACGUUUUUACCAUGAAACAUUUGUCUACAUCGGCUUUGAAGAGAGUCUGCGAAAACUCAGCCACCAAUAUCAAACAUUCCAGUUUCCUUUUUAUAUUCCUUUUAUUUCUGUAUAGAAGAUCUCUGUUUGAAAGUUAAGGUUGAUAAAAGAUUAAUGUCAUAAUAUUAUUACAUAUAAACUAUUGUGUGCCAAAUAUUUUUGUACGAGUUUCUAUAAUGAUUAGUAAAGUUAGAAAAAAUAA